AUGUUGGGUCACAAUCCCAACACUAUCUAUCAAAUUACUAAUUAUUACAACGAUAAAGUACAGGUUCGAAAGAAUCAUGUACAUAAAUCGGUUUAUCGAAUUGCCAAAGUCGUACAGGAUGUGUUGAAAGACGUUGAAAGUCAGGAACCACGAUUUAUCUCAACCUUAGUUGAGAGUAACGGACGGUAUGACGGGCUCAUCGUUCAUUCUCCUCACGAAUAUGAAGCGAUCCUCUACCUCAACCAAAUGGGAGUGUUCAACUUUGUCGAUGAUGGUUCUAUCCAAGGAUGUGCUGUGCUGAAGUUGAGCGACGGUCGAAAACGAUCCAUGUCUCUCUGGGUGGAAUUCAUCACCGCUAGCGGUUACCUAUCAGCACGCAAAAUCCGUAGCCGGUUCCAGACACUCGUUGGACAGGUGGUUGAAAAGCCACCGUUCCGGGAUUACUGCAAACUGCUCACCGACACCAGUGACGUUCGGUUGCGGGUCGAUGACAAGUACGUCGUGCAAAUAACAUGUGCUUUCCGAUGCAAUGGAAUUUGGCCACGAUCUGCCAGCCAUUGGCCAAACAACACCAUUCCUUGGCCUAAUCCAGCAGUAGCCGCAGAAGUGAAAAACGAAGGAUUCGAUUUGACUAGUCGAGAAACGGGCUCCGCACCUUCACAACAAAACAAACAGGCUAGUUCCAUGGAAGGGGAUGCAUGGGCGAUGAAUCUUACCGGAGCAGAGAACGUUUUGUUAGCCGGGAAUCGCCGAAAAGCGUUGAGCAUACUGAAAUGCCUUCGCGAUACGCAUUUGGAAUUUCCUGGUACUCCUAUCACUAAUUAUAUUCUGAAAACUUUAAUGCUCUAUGAAUGUGAGAAGCACUGUAAUGACUACGAAUGGGAAGACAAUUGCAUCGGUGAUAGGAUCAUUGGUGUACUUCUUCAACUAGUCAGUUGUUUACAAUGUCGACGUUGUGCACAUUAUUUCUUACCGCAACUCGAUCUUUUACGCGGAAAACCUAAUCAUCUUCUGGAUCAAAGCUCAAAAAUGGCUUGGAAUCUCGUACGAAAAUUGAUGUUGGAUGCUCGUGCGUUAGAGAGUUUAUAG